CGAGACGCGGUUUGACUCGCCUCGGACAAGCAGCUUCCUGAUCCGCCUGGCUUCGCACCUCUGAUUCGCCGUCGCAGCUAUCGUUGUCCCGCUGCACAUCUGCGCGCCCGUACCCGGCUUACCUAUCUUGGUUACGGUUACAGUGCUUUGAGUGCGUGUGGCCGUGUGCCCCUCCUUCCUCUGAAAUCCGAACCCCUCCAGAAACCCCGACGAGUCUUGAUGUUGGCCAGAACAACUCCUUUGGCUAGCAGCACCGCUCUCUGCUCCAAGUCCAUAAUAUCGCGCCCUGCAGCAUCGAGCUUCAUCGGCCGACUCCGCAUUCAACGGCUCUCCACCGCGACAUCUAGGCCCCUUGGCAGAACGCCACGAGCUCUGCCGUCGCAACACGUCGAAACCCCGUUCGGGACGAUACCAGCGAGACACCACUCCUCCACCUCCACCACUGCUACCAACGACGUAACCAUGUCUCAAGACUUCGAAACGGUGCUCAAGGGCAAGUACCCGGCCAAGCAGCAUGCUCUCCGUGUCGCCGACUACGUUAAAUCCAAGGUCCCCGGUGCUGCCGGCGUUCUCUAUGUCGAGGGUCGCAUGACCAAGCUGAUCGAGGACAACGACGAGCCCGAGCCUUUCAGACAGCGCCGCUACUUCUACUACCUUACUGGAUGCCCUCUCGCCGACUGCCACUACAUCUUCGACCUUGCGACGAACAAGUCGACCCUCUUCAUCCCCCCUAUCGACCCCGAUAGCGUCAUCUGGUCUGGCCUGCCCGUCAGCGCCGCCGAGGCAAAGGAGCUGUACGACGUCGACGAUGUCAAGUACACCACCGACGUCAAUGCCGAGCUUGUGCACCUGGGGAAGGGUUCUAAGAAGACCGUCUUCGCCAUUCAAGACCAGGUCCUCGACAGCAUCACGUUUCUCGAGUUCGAGGACAAGAACUUCAGCAUCCUGAAGGACGCCAUCGAACGGUGCCGCGUGGUCAAGGACGACUACGAGGUUGCCCUUACCAGGAAGGCGAACGCUGUCUCGACAAUUGGCCACCACGCCGUUGUUGAGCACGUCAAGAAGGCCAAGAACGAGAGGGAGCUCGAGGCCCUCUUCCUGCAUCGCAGCGUCGCGAACGGUGCCAAGAACCAGGCCUACCAUGGAAUCUUUGCUGGGGGUCGCGCUGCUGCCACUCUGCACUACGUAGCCAACGACGCUCCCCUCGAAGGCAAGCUCAACCUUCUCUUGGAUGCCGGCACGGAAUGGAACUGCUAUGCUUCCGACAUUACCCGGACAUUCCCCAUUUCCGGCAAGUUCAGCAAGGAGUCUCGCCAGAUCUACGACAUUGUGUUGAAGAUGCAGCUCGAGACCACCGCCGCCUUGAAGGAGGGCGUCAUCUGGGAUGAAAUCCACUUGCUGGCCCACAAGAUCGCCAUCGACGGCCUCCACUCGAUUGGCAUCCUAAAGGGCGACAAGGACGAGAUCCUCAAGAACAGAACGAGCGUCGCCUUCUUCCCCCACGGCUUGGGCCACUACCUCGGCAUGGACACCCACGACGUGGGCGGCAACGCCAACUACGCCGACACCGACCCAAUGUUCCGCUACCUGCGCGUCAGGGGUGCGCUGCCCGCUGGCAGUAUCGUCACUGUCGAGCCGGGUAUCUACUUCUGCAGCUUCAUCAUUGAGCCGUACCUCAAGGACCCCGCGCACUCCAAGUUCAUCGACGCCGCUGUCCUUGAGAAGUACUGGGACGUUGGUGGUGUGAGGAUUGAGGACAACAUCUUGAUUACGAAGGACGGUAGCGAAAACCUGACACCCACCAUCAAGGACCCUGAUGAGUUGGAGAAGAUUAUCCAGGCAAGCUAAAGGGCGUUCGUCGUUGAGAAAAGAGGGGGAAGCAAGAUUCGGGGCGGUAGUUCCGCGAAUAGCAAAGGCGACUGGAACGUCUGUGUCCAAUAAUGUUGAUGGCUAGGCUGAAAUGAUGCGCACACCCGUCGGCAUGUUCCCUCUUCUCAUGACCUCUCGGCCAGGGCCAUGAGGUUGAAACCGAUAUUGUCUCCCCCUCGCGCGAUGAAUUGACGAACAAGGUCCAGAGACUUGGCUCCUAGAUCCACCCUUUCUUCCUCGUCCAGGAUGCCUCUGUCAACGGGUCCCUUCCUGUCACCGUCGAGCUCGUAGAGAUGGCCCGUGUCGGGUGAUUUGACGAAGCAAAUGUAGUGAAAGUUGACGUCGUCCUCGGCGCUCGCGGGCGCCGCCGUGUCGCCCUUUGUGGCGAUGGAUGCAUAAGCAUCCUCAAGUUCCUGGGAGCCCUCCAGGACCAAGGCCGCUUGUGCGGGGUCCAUGGGCGCCGUGAUGGACAGCAAAUUAUCCAGCAAGGAGCCGGGUCCUGGGCAGCCGCGUUAGAAUAGCGUCUAGGACCUCUCUCGACGAGAUCGCUAAAAGUGAAAUUAACUCACGGAGAAAGUCCUUAGCCCGGCCGUUGGCCAGGGCGUGCAGGAUGGCGUACAGGCCGCAUGCGUUGUUGAUUGUUUGCUUGAACCAAACGGCGUCCUCGUCCUCCUCGUCGUGUUGGCCGGCCAUCCAGUCCUUGGCGCCGGCCUCCUCGGCGGUCAAUCGGGCCUCGUAGGCCGGGGUCGUGGGGAAGACGAGGACGAGGGCGAGAAUCCUUGGGGGCAGGGCGGCCGGGUCGUCGAGGGUGUAGACGUCCUCGAAGUGGAGGGAGGGCGGAACGCCGAGGAGGGCGAUGAGCUCGUUGAAGACGUCCGGGUUGGACUCGAGGGGGAUGAAGGCCUUGUUGUAGGUCUGGGGCAUCGUGAGGACAGUUGUGGGGUUGGAGUAGGCGCGGGCUGUGGUGAAAAUAAGUGCGAUGAGUGCGAUGAGCAGGUGGAUGAGCAUGGGAUGCGAAUGAUGAGCUGAUUUUCUUGGCCACCAAGACUGAUUGAGAGAGGCCGAGAAACAGAUAGUAAUAUACAUUCCGCUGUGGUGACCUCGAUGACGGCGGAGGCCGCUGAAGGGAGGUACAGGUGACAAAGCCU